AGAAGUUUCGACAAAGAUACACCGAUAUAAGCAGACAAUCCACAAGACUCUCACUUGUAUCUUUUUCUCGCUAGAAACCCUUCACAUCCCAGAAUUCUUACCAGCAAAGGUUUCGUGAUAUUUUUUCUCGCAGUGUGUGUCACUUAAGCAGGCCGAAAAAAUAAGAUAAAUAAACUUGGAAAACCCCCUUUUAUUCUUUCUGCCCCAAACGCUCUUUUUCCAAUUGACAAUCACCCCUCGUUGGAAUCCUCACCAGACCUUGUCUACGCCACUAGCGCACAUAUAUAGCCCUUCUUCUCGAAGAAAUCAGAGUUCCAGCCGUCUGCGGUCUUUCUGAGUUUGUCUUUUUAACCAGCUCGUAUAUUUGCAGGCUCCACACAUAGUCCCACUAUUUUCACUAUUAGUCCACUAACAUUUGUCCACUAAUAAGUCACCACUUCACUAUUAGAACCAAUUCCACUGAUAGUCUCAUCCUUUAGUUUUUUACUAAUUUCUAUUCUACUACAUCCAUCAGUCUACACUGAACACUAAAAAUGAGAGUAACCCACACCAUCGCCAACUUGUUCUUUUUGGCAGGUACCAUCCUUCUCCUCAUCUUCGUUGUGUUGUCUGGAUCCUCAGACCACUUUCCGUUGGACGAGUUCUACUGGGUUUCUGCCGACACCUCUAACAUAAGUGGAGCUCCACUGAGAGCAGCCUGGACUUUCUGGGGUGUUUGUGAAAAGAACAACUACACCGAAUGUCAACUGGGCCCAGCCUUCCCAAUUUCCCCAGUUGAUAACUGGGACACCAACGUCAACGUUCCUCAGAAGUUCAUCGACAACAGAGACACCUUCUACUACUUAUCGAGAUUUUCCUUUGCCUUUGCCUUGAUUGCCCUUGGUUUCAGCGGUUUGGCUUUCAUCAUCGAUAUUCUUGCCUUCUGCCUUCUUGUUGUCGACAAGGUGGUUAUUUUCUUGGUCACCAUUGGUCUUUUCUUCUUGGCCGGUUUUGCUGCUUUCCAGACUGCAGUUGUUGUUCUUGCCAGAAACGCCUUUAGGGACGCUGAUCUCAGCACUUCGAUCGGAGUCAAGUCGAUGGCUCUUUUGUGGGCUUCAGUUGCCUGUUUGGGACUUGUUUGGCUUAACACCUUCUCGUCCAACAUUGCCAACUCGUACAGAAAGCACAUGUCUAGAGUCCAGGCUAACAAGGCUGCUGAAGCCGGCCUUGAACCAGGUCCCGUUGGCGACGAAUCUUCUUUUACCAGAGCUGCUCCACCAGACGACCACAAAGAAGAAGACAACAGUGGAGGUAUCAGAUUCUUCAAGAUCAAGAGAAACCACAAGACUUCCGACGAAGAAAGCGUUUAGGUUGUGCAAUCUACAACUUCUUCAAUUGGUUUGAACGAUCUACGCUACAGUACUACAAUUAACAGUAUCGACGUAUAACUAGUGCUUGUACUAGUGCUUGUACCAGUAUUACCAUACCAUGCUCCGCUACGGUAAAACCUUUUUCUUAUUUUCUUUCCACGUUCUAAUAAUUUCAUUUUCUCUGCUCAAUAGUUUAAAGUCUCUAUAGUUUUAUUUGUUAUAAUACAGUAUACCUUAU